AUGAGGGCACUCAUAUUUCCCUUUCUGAUCCGGCAAGGAAAGCCCACCCCGUUCUUCACUUUUGUGCUGGCGCUCCUGUUCUGUGUCUACAAUGGGUACUUGCAAGGCCGGAGCUUAAGCGCCUACGCAGAAUACCCCUCCGACUGGUUGGAAGGGCCUUGCUUCAUUAUAGGUUUUCUAGGGUGGUUAAUUGGCAUGGCAAUCAAUAUUCAUUCUGAUCAUAUCCUCAGAAAUCUGAGAAAACCAGGGGAAACUGGUUAUGCAAUACCAAGAGGAGGAAUGUUUGAAUAUGUCAGCGGAGCAAACUUUUUUGGAGAGGUUGUGGAAUGGUUUGGGUUUGCCCUUGCCUGUUGCACCGUUCACAGCCUUGCAUUUGCAGUGUGCACCCUCUUCAUCUUGGGUUCACGGGCGAAACAGCACCACCAAUGGUAUCUUGAGAAAUUUGAAGACUACCCAAAGUCGAGAAAAAUUUUGAUUCCAUUUGUGUAUUGAGCUGUGCAUGAACUACGAUCUCUUGCUGGUGGUAACAGAGUCUUUGAAAUGUCUCCUUUCUGCAGCAUCCAGCCCUGUACAAGUAUAAGGCACCUAAUAGUCUCUCAUCAUCAGUGCUGCUAUUAUUAGUGCAUUAAUGCUACUAUUAUUCUUUUUUUCCUCUUAAAAAAAUAACAAAGAAAAAGAAACCCCCAAAUAUCUUGGGCACAGCGAUAGGAAUAUAAACGUUUUUCUACCAUUGUAAUUCACCAUCAUAAAUACAUUAGCUGUGUAUCAGAUACAUUAGUGUAUCUGGAUUCACAUCAUAGGAACUACCAUACUGUACAGGGCUUCUGUUGCUUUCUUUUCUGCCCCUACAGCCUUCCGUAAUUUCUGUCUGGUCUAGGCACGCUGUCCUGAGGAUGGUGCCAUGAGGCCAGUCACCAGUAUUAUGCAUUUUGGAUAGGGGUUUUGUGUGCUGUUUCACCUGUGUGCACAAAUGAGGUUGAUUUGUUUUGCCUUCUGAAUCCCUCCUCUGCUCCCCCCCAAACUUCUGUGAGGUCCCAAUGCAGGGAAGGAUGAACAAAAUCGCUCUUAAGUGACUGACUACCUGUUAGUCUUGCUCUUUGCACUCUGAUGCAGGCAGGGACACUUUAUAGAUGAAAACUAAUGCCAUAUAGACAGCCUAAGAGGUAUCCUACCCAAAUAAUAGAUUAAGUUUUAAUCAUAUUUUUUUUCAAAGUUUAGCUAUUUCUGAUAAGAUUCAAAAUGUCACCCAACUUGGUCACUCUGCACUUUGGGAGAACAUUUUAUUCAUUUUAUUUGGGUUACUUAGGCCAGUUUAGCAUUGUUAACAAUUCUGUGUAACAUUUUCUACCCUUAUGCAAAAUCUUAAGAUUUUUAUAGAACCCUUAUUAUGCUGCUUAAAAAAAAAAACAACUGUGUCUUCCUUUUACUGUUGAAAAUAUCUAAGUGUUUUGUGUUCUAAAAAGAUUGGAAUCUUUUAGUAUUUAUUUCUUACUUUUUUAAUAGGAAUUCUUGCUCCUCCUCCUUUUAUGUGAAAGACCCCAGAGGGGUUUCAAAACCAUGGUAGUAACCCAAUUAUAUGUAUAUAUUUGGACACAUCUGUGUUCUUUGUAUCCUUGUGAUGUUAAAAAAAAAUCAGAAUUUCUAAAGAAUCUGAAGAAUUGUAUGGAAACUUGAAAGAAAAUGCUGCUGAUGGAGAUCUGUGGGAAUCAAGCUUUUGCUGAGUGUUUUCCGAUGUGUUUACAUGGUGUAUUUUGGAUUGUGUUCUUCAAAACAAACUUAAUAUAAUUUUGCCAGAUGUUGACUUUUCCAGUAUGGUGUUGGAUUAAGCUUUGUCCAAAGCUCAAAGUUCUGCCUUUGAUAUUGAUUUCCACCGCUGUAAUAGUCCGAGUAAUAUAUCUGAGGGAAGAACUGGUACCUUUCAUGUUUUAGAUCAUUAUUAUUUAGACAAUAAUUUAGAUAAUAAAAAAAAUACACGCAGUGCAUUCCAGAAUUGGGCUCUGACAGAAUGUACUACACUUAAUGAUUUCUCCUCCUUCCUGCCAUGUUCAUACAGUAUUUACUGCACUGAAGUCCUGGCCAUGGGUAAUUGAUGUUAAAAGAAGUGCAGUAAAACUUCUGUUGUUACUCACAAAAAUGGUCCUGUGAGACCAUGGGGAGAAGCAGGGAGGAGCUGUCGGGCUUGCAGGGGUGACAGCCGAGCCAGCGCGAGAGCCACCAGCCGCUCUGGUGAUGAAGCUGGUGCUGCUGUUUGGUUGGGAGGAGACUGUGCUCUCAGCCUCCCCCCUGCUGAGGGAGAUCCUGGGAAAACCCACCCACCUGGAGAUCCAGGUGUCCAUUGCUGCACUGCUGGACUCAGCUUAUUUACGCCUCUCAGACUGUGGUGUUUACAAAUUUCCUUGGGAAGUCUGAGGCUUCCUCUGUUUGUAUCACGACACUAUGAUUGGACCUUUGCUCGUAGCUGUUCCAGUGGAUACUCACUCAUCAAGUUCCUCACUCAUCAAGGGAUGGUGAAGCGGAUGAUCUAA